CAAAUUCUACGCGCGGCAUCAAAGUUGUCGGUCAAGCUCGAUGGAAUCCCGCCCGUUGUGUGUUUCUCACCAGACUGCCGAGCGUGGUCCUCCGCGUGUGUGCGGAGUGAGGAGUUUGGCCCGCGUGAGCCCAUAUGGCGGAGACGUCGGGAACCCUGGGAGUUACUGGAGGAAGACCAAUUUUGACUUUGCCAUACCAGCUUGUCUGAAAAGUGAGGCAGGCGUGUUCUUCAAUGUGGAGCGCGCCGGCGUUACCAUGGAAGCGCCAACAUGACCGGUGCCCGGUGAGGGGACUGAAAUCAGCGCUCAGGAAUGCAACAAACAAGGCAGUGACAAGAAAUCCAAAACAAUUCAACCACCAUCACAUUGAAGCAACACUUGUUUGCAGGAUACAUGCCACCUUCUUCAUUCGACGCCCAGCGACUGUCACCACGUCUUCUCGGACCACCGGAGACAGCAGCUCACUUUGACCCCUAAAUAGUAACAAACCGGUCAAAACCAUUGAAGGACUCCGUUGCGCUCGUCCACAUCAAGUUGAACUCGGCUGAAAGCGACCAGUGUUGUGAUCACAACAUUAGCCGGCUAGCAUCUCCGCUGGAGGAAGCGGCGUUAGCAUCGUUAGCCCCCUGCUAACGCUCUCAACUAACUUGACUCCCGCGAACGGAUUGUUGAAAAUACAGACGAAUGCUCUGUCCAAACAACUAACGCGGUCUCAAACGAAGUGUAAGCUGCGUGAGGUUUAAAAAACGCUCCAAUGUUCUUACCAGUCCAUUUUUGCGAGAAGUCGCUUACUUCCCGCUUCACGAGGUUCAACAUGCGACUUCUUCGUGGGGAAAUAAAGGUAGCGUCAUCGACAGACAGCACCCAAUGUAACCCACAACGGGGAUGACACCGUACUACUGCGUUUGGCCAAUAGGUGGCAGCAGAGGCUAUCCCUUCCAGUAGUGGGCAGUAGAGCGGUGCGCAGGGUGAAUUGAUGAACGUCUCCAUUUCUAAGAAUAGAUCUUCCUCAUUUAAGCCACCACAUUUGUCAAACAGAAGACAUUUCUGCCGCUUUCUUCUCUUCAUCACCCUCCCAUCUAAUCCUGAGCAAAAAAAAAGAUUUCCUCACGUGGCGAUAUUAUCUCCUCCUCGAGUCCCUCGGUUCUGACCUCUUAUAGUCGUACUGGGUCCAGUCCUCUUCUUGAAAGAGACCUUCUGCUCUGAUGGUCCCAGGUUCCCCUGGUCCAAGCCUCCUCAGUCAAGUCCUUUAUACUAUUGUUGUGGUCUCAAUGCUUGCUUUUCUUUUGUUUGGAGUUGUGAGGCCAUUACGUGCGACUAAAAAUAGAAAUGGAAUAAAGCAGAAUUCAAUGAAGGUUCCCCCGGAGAGGGGGUGAGGACAUGUAGGGAGGAUGCCAGUGAGGAAGGGGGAGCAUCUAUCAUCUCUGCAGCAGAAGAAAAAAAUGUUGACACGGAGUGUCCAAACAGUCAAAACAGCACAAGGGGACGAGGAGGGAGGCGCUCCAGAGGGAGGAACGACAUGCCUUGGGGGAGGUCCAGCGAGCAGAGCAUCCAUCGCCUGAGGGAGAACAAGCCAGAUGCUGCCGGACCUCUCCACGGUGGCCGUCUUUGCUGAGCGCGUCGGGGUCCACGGCGUGAAAGCUCGGCUGUCCAAUUCGGCUGGAGGGAGCUGCGGGUGUCAGCAUGGCGGCGGGGGCCUGGCUGCCGCUGGCUCGUGCGGCGGCGGUGGCUUGGAUGCCCGUGGCCGACGGGCCCAUGCCGGCGCUUCCGCCAGAAGGACGGCGCGGCAAAGACAACGUCCUCGUCCUCAACGUGAGCGGGAAUCGGUUCCAGACGUGGCGGGAUACUCUGGAGCGCUACCCGGACACGCUUCUGGGAAGCUCCGAGAAGGACUUCUUCUUCCGGCAGGAGAGCGACGAGUUCUUCUUUGACCGCGAUCCGGACCUGUUCCGCCACAUCCUGAACUUCUACCAGACGGGGAAGCUGCACUUCCCGCGUCACGAGUGCAUCGCCGCCUUCGACGAGGAGCUCACCUUCUUCGGUAUCGUGCCCGAAGUGAUCGGGGACUGCUGCUACGAGGACUACAAGGACCGGCGGAAGGAGAACCAGGAGCGGCUCCAGGACGACGAGGAGACGGAUCCGAGCAACGAGCCCGCCCAGGCGGAUUCGAACUGGCGGGAGUCCCUGUGGCGAGCCUUUGAGAACCCGCACACGUCCACCACGGCGUUGGUAUUCUACUACGUCACGGGGUUCUUCAUCGCCGUGUCGGUCCUCGCCAACGUUCUGGAGACGGUCCCGUGCGGGGCGAGACUGGGAUCGGCCAGAUCCACGUCGUGCGGCGAGCGCUACGCCUUGGCCUUCUUCUGCAUGGACACGGCCUGCGUGCUGAUCUUCACGCUGGAGUACGUCCUGCGCCUGGUGGCGGCGCCCAGCCGCUUCAAGUUUGUCAAGAGCGUCAUGUCGCUCAUCGACGUGGUGGCCAUCAUGCCGUACUACAUCGGCCUGGUCAUGCCCGAGAACGAAGACGUCAGCGGCGCCUUUGUCACGCUUCGAGUCUUCCGCGUCUUCCGGAUCUUCAAGUUCUCGCGCCACUCGGCCGGUCUCCGCAUCCUGGGCUACACGCUGCAGAGUUGCGCCUCCGAGCUGGGCUUCCUGCUCUUCACGCUCACCAUGGCCAUCAUCAUCUUCGCCACCGUCAUGUUCUACGCAGAGAAGAGCUCCAAGAGCUCGGCCUUCACCUCCAUCCCCGCCGCCUUCUGGUACACCAUCGUCACCAUGACCACGCUCGGGUACGGCGACAUGGUUCCGAAAACCAUCACGGGCAAGAUCGUGGGCUCCAUCUGUUCGCUGAGCGGCGUGCUGGUCAUCGCCCUUCCCGUGCCGGUCAUCGUGUCCAACUUCAGCCGCAUCUACCACCAGAGCCAGCGAGCUGAGAAGAGGCGCGCGCAGAAGAAAAGUCAGCUGGCUAGAAUUCAAGCGGGAAAGAGCCAAGGCGCCAGCGCCUACAUGCGCUACAAACUGCUGGCUGACGCCGAGGCGUCCAAGGAGGCAGGCCGGGCGCUGCUGGACAAAGUCAACGCCGGCCCCAACAUGGCGGCCCGUCAUCACCACUUGCUGCACUGCCUGGAGAAAACCACGAGCUUGCAAUUUGUGGAGCAAGCUUCGGUGGAGUGGAGCUGCUCCGAGGAGGCCUUGUUGAAACGGGCCCGGUCUCGCUCGUCCUCUUUCUCGUCUACCUCGCCGCCAGCUUUAACUUCCUGCUGCGUCCGGACCAAACGGAGCCGCUGGGACCAGCGCGAGUCGGACGCCGCUCCAGCUUCGCGACGAGCGCUGACUCGCUCCAGCUUGAACGCCAUCUUGGAGGAAGCCGUCCCGCUGAACUACAAAGGCCCGGCGGCCGCCUUCGCUGACGCGGCGCCGUCCGGCACCCGAGGCCACCUUCGGCACACCGUUUCGGAGCUCUGACGCAAAUUCCCGUCGGUGAUGUAAUGUUCCAGGUAUGCUCAGGUGCUUUUUUGACAUGCUAAGCUUGCUGCUAGCCUCCUUCAGGAUAGGAACUCCUCAGG